GAGUCUCGUUUUCAUUUUCAGACUGUAUUCCGGAGACUGCGGAAGCAUAGCCUAGAUGAACAUGCCAUCGACAUCCACGGUGACUGGCACAAGAUACUUCUAUGUUUUGUCAACUAAAAAGCCACUGACAUAGCCUGUUUGCAGCCUGGCUAUGAGAAAAGUGCUUAUGGCUGUGCAAGUCGGAGGCUGAAUUUCUUCCUAUUCAUAGACGUUUUUUUUAAAACAUGGUGCUGGGCAAGGUAAAGACCGUAGCGGUCUGCUUCGACUGUUUGAAUGAAAGCAACCUGCCCGUUUUCUCCGGUGGCGACUCGGUCUCAGGGAGGGUAAUCGUGGAUGUCACCGGAGAGGUACGCGUUAAAACGUUGAGCAUCAAUGCGAGAGGAGUAGCAAAGGUUCGGUGGACUGAGUCCCGGAAUGCAGGAGCCAACACUGCCUAUACUCAGAAUUACACCGAAGAAGUGGAAUACUUAAACCAUUACGACAUCUUAUUAGGAGAGGAGAGAGAUGAGGACAGUCCAGAGGAAAGCCUUACUGUUCUCCAUACAGGCAUACAUGAGUUUGCCUUUAGCUUCCACUUACCACAGAUGCCCCUUGCCACCUCUUUCGAGGGGAAACACGGAAGCGUGAGGUACUGGGUGCGUGCAGAGCUGCACAGGGCCUGGCUGCUACCUGUGAAGGUGAAGAAAGAGUUCACUGUGUUUGAGCACAUCGACAUCAACACACCACUGCUGCUGGCUCCUCAGGCUGGUACUAAGGAAAAGACCCUCUGUUGCUGGUUCUGUGCCUCAGGUCCAAUCUCUCUCAGUGCCAAGAUCGAGAGAAAGGGCUACACUCCAGGGGAGUCCAUCCAGAUCUUUGCCGAGGUGGAGAACUGCUCGUCUCGCGUCGUGGUGCCCAAGGCGGCUCUUUACCAGACCCAGACCUUCUUUGCCAAGGGGAAGGGCAAGCAGAUCCAGCAACUGGUCUCCAACCUGCGUGGAGACCCCCUGCCCCAGGGCAAGAGCCAAAGCUGGGAGGGCAAGCUGCUGAAGAUCCCCCCGGUGUCCCCGUCCAUCGUCGACUGCCCCAUCAUCCGGGUGGAAUACGCCCUGGUGGUGUAUGUGGACGUCCCCGGGGGGCUGAACCUCUCUCUGUCGUUGCCGCUUGUCAUCGGAACGAUCCCCCUCCACGGCUUCUCCAGUCGCACCUCCAGCAUUAGCAGCCAGUGCAGUGACUCGAGCUGGCUGGGCCUCCCCGAGAGACCUGAGGCUCCUCCGAGUUACAGCGACCUCGCUGUAUCUGAGGCCCACAGGCAAGGCUGCCUCCAGGACUGCGACAGGCCCCAGGUCAGCGCCGAAGACCAGGCACCACAUCUGGCCUACAUCACUGAGUUUCGAUACCAGCCCCCACCACUGUACUCAGAGAUUGACCCCUACCCAGACCCGGCGCGUGGGACCCAGGGGGUGGGGAGAGCCGACACCUGCCCCUCGCGCUGAUCCGCUCCCCAGACGAGCAGUCCUCUGACCCGCGGGCAGGUCCGCCCCACGUUACCUCCCCCCCACCCCCGCUCCUCCCCCACACUGCCGGACAUGAUUCAGCCACCUCACCAUCGGCUUCGGCGGCAUAUUGAACCCGAGUCGGAACCGAUCCCAGUGUGUCCGCCCCCGGGGGGGGAAGGGUCGCGCGAGGCGUCCUCGGUGUGGUACCGGAGAAGGAUGCGGCGUUCCUAUGCCGAUGGUUGACCUCUGGUUAGGAGAUCGUCUAGGUGUUCGUCCCUCUCUGGACUCUGCUACCACGAUGUUCCUGCAGAACAAAUAUGUACAGGUGGGAACCAAGAGCACUGUUGGACUGAGUAGCUUGCUGCCUCCAAGUCAGUUUUGCACAUUCCUUUCUCCCUGUUUCUACACACACACACACACAUAUACGACUCCACAAGCCUUUAUGCUAAAAAUGCAUCCGCUGGUUUUUUCACCAUUGAACUCCUUAAGUAAAAGCCAGACAAACGGAAUGAGGGCCGGUCUCAGCGACACGUGUUGAGCUCAAGCAUGAGGUCCAUUGUCUUCUUACCUAGAUCACCGUGGUUACCAUAGCCUUGAAUGGAUAAAGGUGUGUAUUUCCGAAUGGGGGGGGGGGGGGGGGCUCUCUUGAGAUAGGCUUGAAUGCACUAAACGGAGGAGGGGAGGAGGAGAUCACUAGAGGAGAACGAACAAGUCCCACAUCCCACAACGCCUCUCUCUCUCUCUCUCUCUCUCCCUCUCUCUCUCUCUCUCCCUCUCUCUCUCUCUCUCUCUCUCUCUCUC